AGAGGGCCAACUCAGACUGACACGCUCACCAUCUCCUCUGAAGCUAUAAACGUCAGCAUCCUAAGCAUCACAUGGUAUCGGGACCCUAAUAGACUAAAGACACCACAGACUCUAAUGGACAUCCUCAGCUUCAUCACAGGGUGCACACUUGUCUCGCUUGGUCACUGUUGGAUGGUGAAGGUGCCCAAWACUGUGAAGGCAGUAGAUGGCAGCUGUGUAGAAGUGUCCUGUCACACCGCCCCCCACCACAGGGUCAUCUGGUACAAGUAUCAUACCUUUCAGUAUCCCAAGCUUUAUGAUGGCAAGGAACCGRCCAGUGUGGAGGCCAGUUUUAGAGRGCGUACAUCAGUGCCAGGCAAUGCAUCAGAGGGUGACUGUACACUGAGGGUUGAGAGUGUGACAUGGACAGACAAUAACCUCCAGCUCUACGUGUGGAUCRACCCUGAUGAGUCAGCUACACAUAAGUUCCAUCAUCAGAUCGUAACGAUUACAAUUGAAAAUAGAAAAGCUCCUGCGUUAUCCAUGCAGAAUGCAAUGGUGGAUGGAGACUUAUUCCAGGCCAACUGUAGUGUCUGGCAUUCCUGCCCAUCCUCUCCUCCAUCCCUUCGCUGGAGUCGUUUGCCUGUAAAUUAUACAGCGGUGACUUCAAUGGAGGAAAAGGGAGGGCUGUGGGUGUCYACUGAGACAAUACAAGGAAGAGGAACGURSCAACUGCACAAAAAWGAGAUGAAAUGCACAGCUCAAUUCGCUACAGUCCAAACUGAGAGUGAACCAGUCAUUCUUAACAUCUYAUAUGCCCCUGUAGGUGUGAAGRUGAUGGCGGAUGARCAGCCAGUCAGUGAAGGUCAURGUGUCAACCUGGAGUGUGUUGCUGAYAGCAACCCCCAGCCAGGCCGGUAUGUGUGGAUCAGACGACAGGGAGGCCAAAGCAUCCAAACGAAUUCAACUCAGGGAAAAAUGUCCUACACCAACAUUAGCAGAGACUCUUCAUUCUCCUGCAUUGUCCAAAACAAUAUUGGAUCAAAUCAGUCAGCCUGGCUGUUUCUGSAUGUCAACUUCCCCCCGGCAAUCCUCUCUGACUCCACUUGCUCCUUGAAGGGUGGGAUUCUGMSCUGUGUGUGUAGAGCAGAAGCMCGACCUAAUGCCACUCUGCGCUGGACGAUCAGCGGAAGCAGCACUCUCCCAUCCUCCUUCACUUCCAUCACCGUACACAGAGAUAAUACGGUGUCAGCAGAACUCACUGGGCCUGUGGAAAGUCGACCAAAUGUCUCCUGCGUAGYCAGUAACUCACUGGCCACUGACAUCCAGCAGCUGCCCCUUGACACAAAAUUCACAGCUGGACAGUUUCUGCCAUGGAUGCUGACUGCUCUGGCAGUUGGAAGUGUCUUUCUGUGGGGAGCUGUAAUGUKUGUACGCAGAAGACGUUGCAGAGAGAGGCAAGCUGACAUGUCAGAGUCCCUAAGGUACAGCAAUCCCCAAAAACCACAGCAAAAGGCUAAGAGGACCAAGCCUAAGGCCAUGCCCAUGGCCUUACCCAAGGAGAAAGCAAGGCCAGAGAGCCCAUCGUCAGUCUACGAAAAUGACUUUGUGCCGAAGAAGCCCAGUCAAAACCCAGCAAAGAACAACGAGAAGACCAAAUUACAAGAUAACACAAAGGCUAUGUGUUCAGACAUGGAUGAUAUCUACCAAAACUAUUGAACUACCAGUGAACACAAYGUUUGCUUCAGAGUACAUAAUAAUAAUGUUAUCCAAUUGUUAKAAGCUGACGAUUGAGUCGUGUAGCCUACUGUUAAAAGUCUAAAGUUGUUGUGUUUGUGCACCUGUCUGGGCUGAGUGGAUUGUGUUUUUUGUGUUUAAGUGAUGAWUGUAACCUAYGUUUUGUAUUAUAACUUUUGUAUCAAYUUAAUUUGUGUGUCAAAUUGCUUUWAAWAAUGUGUUAUGUGAACAUAA